AGUGCUCCCAGUGGGGACGGGGACGAGCGGGGACGGAGCCUGGGCCACAUUUUCGGGCCGUUCACUCUGCAACCUACUGACAGCCAACGCAGGCGGUGCCGGCUGCCAUGUCCUACGCGCCCAGACCGGCCGCCAGGAGCUGCGCUGCACGUCCCAUGGGAGGGCACCAGGACUGGCAGCGGCCCCAUGGGCGCCCGCUGUCCCUGCGGACGAUGGAGGUGGCUGCGGGGGAUGGUGACCCCGUGGAGUCCGUCACCGACCCCGACAUGGAGGCCUUGUUCAAUGAGUUCCUGGGGAAAAGAGAGGAGACUGCAACAGCAUCAGUGGUCCCGGUGGGCGCGCAGCCGUACCACUACCUGGUGCGGGACACGGAGCACAAGGGGCUGUACCUGCGGGACGGGCGCUUGGUGGCCACCAACCUGCAGGGUGCCAACGCCGACCAGGAAGGUGAGCGCUGGGACGUAGGGGUGUCACCCGCACCCAUGGGUGCCCCCCACCUACCCCGUCUCCCCGCAGAGCCCAUCAGCGUGGUGCCCAACCGGCACCUGGAGCGCCGGCGGUAUCCCCUCAUCAUGGGAAUCCGCGGGGGUGCCAAGGCCCUGUCCUGUGGCACCGGCCCCGAGCCCCGACUGCAGCUGGAGGAGGUGAAGCUGCUGGAUCUGUUCGCGUCGGAGGACAGGGCCAUGCCCUACACGUUCUACAAGACGUUCGGGGGCAGCACGCACACCUUCGAGGCCGCCGCGUUCCCGGGGCACUUCCUGAGCACGGCCCCGCAGCCCGACCAGGAGCUGGGCCUGGCGCCGCGCGCCGCCCCGGGCUCCAUCACCUCCUUCUACCUGCGGCGCCGGUGACGGGAGCACCCACGGGCGGCCUUCCCCAUGGGAAUAAAGGCGCUGCCCGCA